UCCCAGACGCUUGUGUGCAGCAACAUUUAAAGCAAUGAAAUUUAAGCGUGUGUUUGAGAUCGAAACUGACAAGCAUGGCCUCUGAUACAUCAGCAGCUGGAAGUAUUCCUGACAAUCUUUCUACUCAGCACAUUAUCAAGGAAGGGGAUCAGGUUAUACUAAAGAAAGGGAAGAACAUUAAAGUUUUUCAGAUAAAGAAGCGCAGGCAAGUAUGGUUGGAGAAAGCAAAGUUUACCUUGGAUGGUACGAUUGGGCACCCCUAUGGCACUACAUUUGAGGUGAAAAAUGGAAAGAUGAUAAAAGUGGAGAAAUCAAUACUGCCAGAAAAGGAAGCGUUGGCUGAAGGUGGUAAAGACAACAGAGAUCUUCUCGACCAAGAUAGUAAUCAAAAACUGACACGGGAUGACAUAGAGAAGAUGAAGAAGGAUGGGAUCAAAGGAAAGGAAAUUAUUGAUCAGCUUAUAGAGAACAGUUCAACAUUUCAAUCAAAGACAGUAUUUGCACAAGCCAAGUGGAUCAAGAAAAAGAAAAUUAAACAUCUUCUUGAGUUUACAAUUCUUAAGCCAUCAGCCAGAUUACUAUGUGAGAUGCAUCACACCAAGAACCCUUCUAGAAUAUGCUUCAUGCGAGUGGACAGCCUGGCCCAAAUCCUCAGCAGAGGCAAUGUACGGGCACACUCCACUGUGGCUGUAGUGGACACAUGUAUGGGGCUAGUGGUGGGGGCAGUCAUGGAGAGACUAGGGGGUUUUGGAAAAGUUAUUCACUUCCACCAGGGAAUUACACCAGUCAGACCUGCAAUGGACUCGUUUGACUUCCCUGCAGAAAUUCUGAACAAUUUGUACAGUUAUCCUCUAGAUCGUGUCAAUAGUAUUGAGAGUGAUCAAACAAAACCAGACAUUUCUAGUGGAACAAAAAGUAGCAAUGGUGCAGCUUGUGUAGAGAAAUCACCAGGGGAGAUAAGCUCACAAAGCUUCACAGAAAAGUUGGAAGACGUAUCAACACCAUCUCAAGAAACAGGUGAGGACACAAGCGCACAAGGUGACACAGCAAAAUCUGUAGAUAUGUCAACACCAUCUCAGGAAACUACAUCAAACGUGGAAAAUACAGAGGAUGGUGCAGAUGACAUCAAUUCUCAGGAAAUCCCGGGAUGCUCGGAGAAUAUGGAGAUUGAGGAAGAGGAUAAACCAGUCAAAACUGAUAUGGAACAAAGGAAGAGAAAGGGCAUAGAUAGAGAGACAAAUCGACAGCUACGGGAGCAGAAGAUACAAGAAGCCAGAGAUGUAAUACUCGAGAAAAACAUUGACUGUUUGAUCGUGGCAUGUAAGUUCCACCCAACACCUAUUGUGCUGGCCUUACUGAAGUAUGUGGCUCCCUCUCGCCCCAUUGUCGUGUUUGGACAGUAUAAAGAGCCUAUCCUGGACUGCUAUGAGUACCUGAGGAAGGAUGGGGGGAUGGUCAACUACCGUGUCUCGGAGGCCUGGCUGAGAGAGUACCAGGUGAUGGAGAUGAGGACCCAUCCAGUGAUCUCUAUGAGUGGAGGGGGAGGUUAUCUACUGACCGCCACAACUGUAGCUAAAUCUGAUACUCCAAAAUGAUGACCACGCAUAAACCCCGAAAUGAUGACCACGCAUAAACCCCAAAAUGAUGAUCACACAUCUGCGGGGUUGACUUUUAAUUAACCAAACACAGCUGUAGAUAAUCACCACGCCAUACAGUGGCUAAUGUCCUUGUGGACUACAAUGCCACUCAGUGGCUAAUGUCCUUGUGGACUACCAAGCCACUCAGUGGCUAAUGUCCUUGUGGACUACCAAGCCACUCGGUGGCUAAUGUCCUUGUGGACUACCAUGCCAAUCAGUGGCUACUGUUGUUGUGGACCACUUUGCUACUUAGAUCCAUUGAUUUACCGGAUUGCUGAAAUGCAAUGCGAUAUUGAUUUAAUGGUUUGGUGAUUUUGUUGUCCUAUGGAGAUUGAAGGCAGCUUGCCCAAAAUAUUACCCACACUGUGACAUAGUUUAUUAAUGCUUUACAACGGACAUUAUCUAUAGGAAGAUACUACAGAAACAAGAAUCUAAUUAAUUUGAUGUCCCAAAGAAAAUUGCUCACAACCUAAUGAUUGUUUUUAGAAAUUGAACUUUUCAUAGACAGUAAUCUACUUUAAUAAAACGACUCAUAUUAGGAUUUAAAUUUACAUAGAGAGCAGUAACAAAAAUAGAUCUCUUUGUUAAGUGUUUCUGAAUAAGUAUUCCUGAGCUUGUUUUAAUUUAUAAUUGGGUCAUUGUGUAUAAACUUGAAAAUAUAAAUUGCACAAUGUAGUAGUGAUUAAAUAAAUGAUACCAGUGAGAGUUUAGCUUUUAUUGAUUAAAAGUUGUGUCAAAUGAAUUCGUGGUUAUGUAUUGAAUUAUGAUUUUGAUGAAAAAUCAAUUUGUACCAAUGUCAAUAAAAAGAAUUUCACAGUUUUGCUUUUUCAUUAUAUCUG